CUCUUGUUGUUGUUCUCUCUUCGACGACUUUGCAUCAAGCACUCCAUCUCGCGCUCCUCUGUACCCUUAUCACCAAGGCAAGAGCAGCAACAAUGUCUACUGUCGAUAGUGUGCUUAAGCAGACCUCUGGUGAUGUUGCCCGUGAAGCCGAGGUCGAACGUAUCAUCAGGGCAUUCAAGCUCAACCCGUACGAUAUCCUUGACCUUCCAAUCUUUGCGGACGACUCGACCGUCAAGAAGACGUAUCGUAAGAAGUCCUUGCUGAUCCACCCGGACAAGUUCAAGCAUGAGCGUGGUGACGAGGCGUUUGACUUGCUUAAAAAGGUAAGGCAAUUCUCUUCAUGGGACCACGUUCAGUUUCUGACUUUACAGGCUGAGGGCCAGUUGUUGGAGAAGUCUAAGCGUGAAGAGAUUGACGGCAUCAUGACUUAUGCUCGCACUUUGGUGCUUAAGAGUGUGCUCGGCGCAGGCUACUCACUCGGCGUGACCACCGACGACCCCCGUCUGGCCAAUCUCACGCCGUCGUUUGAGGCUCAGAUUCGCACCCAAGCCAAGGAGUUGUUUGUCGAGGAUGAGCUCUCGAAGCGAAGGAGAACAAAGCUUGCCCACGCCAAUGAGGGAGAGGAGCGCGCCCGCCAAGAAGCCGAAGUCGCCAACCGGAAGCGCAAAAAGGAGGAGCAAGUCAAGUGGGAAGAGAACCGCGAAGAGCGCGUCGGCAACUGGCGCAACUUCCGCACCGUCACGGAAGUCAAGAAGGCCAAGAAGGCCAAGAAGAACCUCAACGUGCUGGGCUAGUGGCAAGUGUGAUAACCCCCCGUUUCUGCAUCCCUCUCCCCACCGCGAGACACUUCUAUUGACAGGCAUGUAUGUAAUUAUAAUACUUUGUGGUGGCCACUGCGCGUCGGUAACCUAUGG